GGUGACGUAGUCUCUUGCACAGUUAGGACGGACACUUGCCAGACACAUCGGUCUCUACGAUUCGCCGGUGGUGAAGGACGGCGGCGCCAUUUUGCGACUGAACGCGUGGAACCACCCUUAAGGAACAAUGUACCCCAACGUGUUAACACAGUUGGCGCGAUCGAACCCGUUCAGCGCUCCCCUUUUCACUUUACAGAAAGUCGAGGAGCCAUCACAAAGUCUUGCUGCCGAUCAUGGACCAAGAAAACGCACAUUGGCUGCCGCUGCAGUGGCCGAUUCUGACGUUAGCUGUGAGUUUGGCUCUAAGAAAUACUAUGCCUUGUGCGGCUUCGGCGGCAUCCUCAGCUGCGGGAUCACACACACGGCGCUCGUUCCCCUUGACCUGGUCAAGUGCCGUCUGCAGGUGGACCCAGACAAGUACAAGAGCAUCUUCAAGGGUUUCUCCAUCACCGUUAAAGAGGAUGGCAUGAGAGGGCUGGCUAAGGGCUGGGCACCGACCUUCAUCGGUUACUCCAUGCAGGGUCUCUGCAAGUUUGGCUUCUAUGAGGUGUUCAAGAUCACCUACAGCGACAUGAUCGGAGAGGAAAACACCUACCUGUGGAGGACCUCUCUCUACCUGGCUGCGUCUGCUAGUGCAGAGUUCUUCGCUGACAUCGCCCUGGCCCCAAUGGAGGCGUGUAAAGUGCGUAUUCAGACCCAGCCCGGCUACGCUAACACCCUCAGACAGUGUGCCCCUAAGAUGUUCGCAGAGGAGGGACUCUGGGCUUUCUACAAGGGUUUAGUCCCUCUGUGGAUGAGGCAGAUCCCCUAUACCAUGAUGAAGUUUUCCUGCUUUGAGAGGACCGUGGAGCUGCUGUACAAAAAUGUGGUGCCUAAACCCCGUGCUGAGUGCUCCAAGGGUGAACAGCUGGUCGUCACCUUCGUGGCCGGAUACAUUGCUGGUGUGUUCUGUGCCAUCGUCUCCCACCCUGCUGACUCCGUGGUGUCUGUGCUGAACAAGGAGAGCGGCAGCACCGCCAUCGGAGUGCUCAAGAAGCUCGGGCCCAAGGGUGUGUGAAGGGUCUGGUGGCCCGUAUCAUCAUGAUCGGUACCUGACCGCCCUGCAGUGGUUCAUCUACGACUCUGUCAAGGUCUACU